UAUGUCCGUGUUCAUGUAGCUUUGCCACUUAAUAGAAAUCGACGGACAAUGCGGUAGGCCUAUCUACUGUCUAGCUUUCUAAUAUCUGUGGGUGAAAAUAUGUAAAACAGCGAUGGAUAGACCUACUUAAAAAUGCAGACUCCGAACUAAACUGUAAACAAAUGACUUAUUGUCCAUAUUUUUCUGUGGACUAGGCUAUGUGUGUAUUUGUUUUACAUGUUGGUUGGUGCAACGGGAUUUUUGUUUUUUUUGUUUUAAUGUAUGACAUAUAGGCUACCUACAAGCUAAAAAAAGGACCACUGAUCCACACCAAGCUGGGAGCCCUCAGAGGCGAGUACUUGCGAGUGAGGGGAAAGACGACUGUGGUUCACUCCUACCUGGGCGUGCCCUUUGCUAACCCACCUGUGGGACCCCUCAGGCUGGCCCCACCCCAACCUGUGCAGGGAUGGGAGGGAGUCAGGGAUGCCACCAAGCAACCACCUAUGUGUAUGCAAAACCGCCAGAUGACUGUAAAUGUGUCAGAAAUGGUUAACAUGAUCAUGGAGAUUCCCGAGGUGUCUGAGGACUGUCUCUAUCUCAAUGUUUACACUCCUGCCAAACCCUCUGAAGAUGCCAAGUUACCGGUCAUGGUGUGGAUCCAUGGUGGAGCGCUAGUCAUGGGCUCCGCCUCCUUUUAUGAUGGAUCUGUUCUGGCAGCCUAUCAGAACGUGGUGGUGGUGCUGAUCCAGUACAGGCUGGGAUUGCUAGGCUUCUUCAGCACUGGGGAUGAUGGUGCCCCUGGAAACAUGGGUCUCUUGGACCAAGUGGCUGCACUGCAGUGGGUUCAGGAGAACAUCCAGAGUUUUGGAGGGGACCCCUCAUCUGUCACCUUAUUUGGAGAGUCUGCAGGAGGGGCGAGUGUGUCACUGCAGGUUAUUUCACCCUUGAGCUCUGGUCUGUUCCAUCGAGGCAUUGCUGAAAGUGGCAGUGCAACCAUGGAGCCCCUCAUCACCUCACAGCCUUUGGACAUGGCCAUGAUGGUGGCCAACGCAUCAAACUGUGCUAGCACCAAGCCACACGACAUUGUGGACUGUGUCAUGCAGAUGUCAACUGAGGACAUUUUGAACAUAGCUGGGAAUGAAGCAAUGGUAUUUUUCCCGACAGCUGAUGGACAGUUUUUACCCAAACCUGUGGAGGACCUUUUGAAAUCUCACAAUUUAGUACCAUUAAUUAAUGGCAUAACCAGUGAUGAAUGUGGAUGGCUAAUGCCCUCGUCCAUGGCACCACCUGGCUGGAUAGAUGGGAUGGACCUAGAGACUGCCAAACAGACCAUCACCCCCUUCCUACUUUUUUAUGGUAUGGACAGCGAGGUCAUUGACUUGAUUUUAGAAGAGUAUCUGGGGAAUGGAGAGGAUGUGUUGAAAAACAGGGAUGCGUUUACAGAGCUCAUGGCGGAUUUAAUCUUCAAUAUACCUGCCAUCAAGCUAUCGAAGGCUCACAGAGAUUCUGGUGCGCCUAUUUACAUGUACGAGUUCCAGCAUCCUCCGAGCUUCCUCUCGAGCAAGCGCCCAAGCUUUGUCAAAGUGGACCACGGAGACGAACUUGCCUUUGUCUUUGGAGGUUGCUUCAUGAAGGCCCAUGUCAAGAUAAAUGGUUCCUUCACUGAGGAGGAAGACGAGUUUUGUAGGACAGUGAUGUCAUACUGGGGCAACUUUGCUCGCACUGGAUCUCCCAAUGGCCCUGGGUUGACCCACUGGCCGAUGUACGGUGCUGGGGAAGAGUACUUGGGGAUCGGGCUGAAGCAGCAGGUGGGAAGCCACCUGAGGGCCAAGCGCUUUACCUUCCUGACGGAGACUCUUCCCAACAAGAUCCAGGAGAAGAAGCAGCAGCAAAGUGACGAGCUGUAGAAGGCUGAACCUCAGAUCCCCUCACUCCUCAAAUGAGAACAAAACUCCCAUUAGAGUCUUCACUGCGUGGAAUGAUUUCAUUAGAACUAGACAGACUAUUUUAAAGGACACAGGAAUUUAUAUGGAAACAAAAUAUGAAACCAAUCUCUUGUGCUGAUCGAUGGAGGGAUGGAAUGAAAAUUGUAAUUCUUGAAUCAGAGUUCUAUCACGGCCAGGUUUGUGUUCUCUGGUGCGUCUACAUGUGAGGCAAUCUGAGUGAGGACAGUAUCAUAGAGGCCUUAACCAGCCCUAGAAAGAGCUGCAUGAGUGAACGGUUAUUUGAUUGAUACAUUGAUCAUGUAUUUUUCACUUUUAUGAGAUUUAUUUUAUUUUAUUUCACUUUAAUUUAUUUACUAACAUAUUUUAUAUUACAGAAGACAGAAGAUUUCAGUUAAGUGUGUGAUGGUUCAGGGCUUAGUCGGGGGGGGGGGGGGGGGGG